GCCGCGUCGCAUGCUCACUUCCAUCAUCGGAUAAAUUGUUUUCAUUCGCUAUACAAGCUGUUAUCAUCGACUACAAUGUCCGAGCCAUGGUGUCGUUAUUACCGACUGCCCUUUGGGAAGACGAAUAUCGAUGCGCCACGGCCUCCUUCCUGAACCAAGCUGGAAAGCAGACUCCGGAUUCCUCUCUUCGCCAAUCUCGUGGGAACUCGAAUACUGUUCGUGACAUUCAUUGUUGGGGUCAGGUUGGGGUUACGCUUCUACACAGAAGGUAACUACGCACAGGAAACGAAUUCUCCCGGAUGCGACUCCAGCUUCCAAGGCCGGAGGUUCUCCAACACCCGGGAUGUGGAGCAGAGCUUUGACAAGGAACGAUUUGGCGUUACUCGUUCACCUCAAGUACUCGCGGAGACAUCCGAGCUCUCCAUGGCUAUUGGCAUGCUGAAUACCUUUCAGAGAAUACGCCACGUGCCAUGAAGCGGCAGUCUCUUUGUUUACCGUGGAACAUUUCAUGACUGGCCCGAGAGGUCGGAUAUGUUGUGCAAGGCGCUCGGACGCGUAUAUAAUAGGCGUGGUAUUAUAAUGGAUACUCGCUGCAGUAGACUGUAUUACAGGGCUACUUUUAAAUAUCCUUCACUUUCCUCAACUUCGAAAUUCUCCCCUCCAACAUCCCGCUGCCCAAGGAAUUGCGAUGGACCCGUCUGCUCUUACACCCGAGGCUCUCAAGCAAUUGACAACAGCUUAUGCCCAUCUGUUGGCGAAUAAGUAUCAUGCUCUCGCAUCCACGGUCCUACUUUGUUUCGACCAUGUCCUCACCUUUGAUGACGAAAUAAAAUACAUCUGGCAAAGGGAGAAGAAUAUUCCUUUCUGGCUCUUCUUGACUUCCCGAUACGCAUCGCUCAUCGUCUCGCUCAUCUACUUGGUCGCAUUGCACGAUCCUUACUGGGCUGGAGAUGCGUGUAAAAAUUGGAUCUGGUUACCAGUCGGUAUCGGGUGGAUUAUCAGGUUUGCAACUGGAAUUAUCAUGAUUCUUCGAGUCCACGCAAUCUACUCUCGAGUCACCUGGGUGCUCUGGCUCACGGUCCCAAUUUUCAUUGGACACCUCGUCGUUAUCGGGUGGGCGAUCCCAGCGGGUGGUGCAGCCAAACUACCACAGGGAUUCAUCGGAUGUAUACCCAAACCUAAACCAGGAACUGGUCUCCGGUUGCCUUCGGUCUAUAUUGCAAGCCUGGUAUUUGACGCCACGGUGUUUGCUUUAACACUUGGUCGAGCGAUUUACUACCGUAUACAUAGCUCCUUGAUUCCGCUCCUGACGCUGGUUACCCGAGACGGAACCUUGUAUUUCGCUGUCAUCUUUAUCGUUAACCUAACGAACGCAUUCCUGAUGACGCUCGCUCCGCCCGAUCUGAGCGUUAUCAACGCCCCGUUCGCGUCAAUAAUAAGAACCAUACUCGUCUCUCGGCUCUUGGUCAACCUCCGUGUCGCCGCCGAUGCUCAAGGAGCUUCACGCUCCAGUCGCAACCCCCAUUCCCACAUCUUCACCACGGUGAAUACUACCCAGAUGAUAAGCAACUUCUACACUGUAGGCGGAACAACGAGUUUCCUCACUCGGAUAGGAGGGGAUGAGUUUGCGGUGCCCUUACCGGAUACAAUCUUCAAGUCGGAGGAAGGUCCGUCUACCGAGUGGUCGGAUGGCAACAGUCGGGAUAUGAAUGAAGAAUAUGAGAUGAGUAGUAUUGUCAAUUAGAUCCUGGCGAGACCGGUUUUAUUUAUUUUUCCUUUCAUCGGAACUAUAUCCAGUUAAUAUAUCUGAUACUUAGCCGAGACAUGAGAACAAGCGGGAGGAAGGAGAGGAAAGAGCGAUUGGUGGUCCGAAUAUAUGAGUUUUGGAGAAACAGAAAUGAAACAAGAAUAGAUGCAUGAAGAAUCUGAAAUGCCAAGUACCACAAGAAAUAAGUUUUACCUCCAUUCCACACAGACCAUUUCCCAGACUAAACAUAGCCCUGGGCUGAACCCCGAGAAAUGAGGUAUUGGACUGGGCGGAGGAUGGAUGGAAGAGACUGGAAGACAUGUAAUGAUAUCUCUCGUUUUCCUGUGGCCGUGGGUGUGCUUGUUGUGCUGGGCGGAUAGGGCAGAAUACUUCCGAGUAGAUAUGAACAGCUGCGAGUGGUGUCGAUUAGCGUAUAGACGAUGUUCGAUAUCACUGAGAUGGACGUAGAGACAUAUAGGACUGAAUUCAUAUGUGU